CGAAGGAAGCGUAGCAGCCAGCGCCUCAGAACAGGCUUAAGACAGCGCCGAAUGAGGGGGAAAGGGAAAUGCCGACCAAUUGCGCCGCGGCGGGCUGUGCCACUACCUACAACAAGCACAUUAACAUCAGCUUCCACAGGUUUCCUUUGGAUCCUAAAAGAAGAAAAGAAUGGGUUCGCCUACUUAGGCGCAAAAAUUUUGUGCCAGGAAAACACACUUUUCUUUGUUCAAAGCACUUUGAAGCCUCCUGUUUUGACUUAACAGGACAAACUCGACGACUUAAAAUGGAUGCUGUUCCAACCAUUUUUGAUUUUUGUAACCAUUUAAAGUCUAUGAAACUCAAGUCAAGGAAUCUUUUGAAGAAAAACAACACUUGUACUCCAACAGGACCAUCUAAUUUAAAAUCAAACAUUAGUAGUCAGCAAGUACUACUUGAACACAGUUAUGCUUUUAGGAAUCCUAUGGAGGCCAAAAAGAGGAUAAUAAAACUGGAAAAAGAAAUAGCAAGCUUAAGAAAGAAAAUGAAAACUUGCUUACAAAAAGAACGCAGAGCAACACGGAGAUGGAUCAAAGCCACGUGCUUGGUGAAGAAUCUGGAAGCAAAUAACAUAUUACCUAAGGGUACAUCAGAACACAUUUUACCAACUGCCUUAAGCAGUCUUCCUUUGGAAGAUUUCAAGAUUCUUGAACAAGAGCAACAAGAUAAAACAUUAUCAAUUCUCUAAAACAGGCUAAGAAUACCUUCAUUUAAGAUUAGCCUACAUAAAACUUGAUGCCCAUCCUUCAUUCUCUUCAAAGGUAAAGAUAUUUAAGGAAAUUAUGCCAAAAUUGGGUAUUUAAUAAAGUUUUACUUGAACUAACAUUAUUACUGUAUAAUUCCUGAAGAUUUGAUUACAAAAAAAAAUGGAAGCUUUUUAUGAAAAUUUUAUUUGAAAAAGAAUGAAAGUGCCUUACAUGAGAAUUAUGUACUUAAAAAUUUUGCUAGGGAGUUGUAUGUUUGCAAGAUGUUUUGUGUUUUUGUCUUUUAAGGCUACUUUUAAAGAACUAUCUAUGACAAUGUGUUUAAUUUAUAUUAGAAAAACAGGGGUUUUUUUUCCUGUAACAAUGUUAGGAUAUUACAUUCUAAAUAGGAUGCUAAGUGGGAGUUAACCAACAUUAAAUAUGACUUUAAAACUGCUGGGUUUUGUAUUAAUUAUUAUUGGCACUGUGAUCUGGAAAUUUUAUAGGAAAAAAAGAUAUACAAGGCAAGUUCUUUUAUUUAAACUUUCUGUAUCUGCUUACCAAUAAAAGUGUGCUAAUCAUGUCCUCUCUCAUAAAAAUAUUAGCUUUUAAAAUAGAUUGUAAAAUAUUUCGAAAAUAAUAUUUUUAAUAUGAAGUACUCUGGAGUCAUCCAAGCAAGGUUAAGACCUCAAGUACCUCAGACUAGUAAAAACUGGUAGCUGAUUAUGUGUUGUGAAAUAAUGCAGAUGUUGUGAUCUAGCUUUUACCUUAGUUAAACAAAAAGAUAAAUCUAUACUAUUUUUCUCAUAAUAAAAAUAUUAAAUUUUGAUUCCAAAAUGUAUGCAUUAGACAACAUGAUACAAAGUUCCAUAUUAGCAAUAUGUUCUCUACCCCCAUGUAUGUUGGUACCGAAACUCUUAAGCUUUUUUUUCUCCAUAACCCCACAAUAGGAUUUAAUAACAGAAGUACUUACUAUAUACCUUCACAACUUAUAACUUAAAAUGGAAUCAAUUUAUCGUAUGUAUCAGCUUGCUUUUAUCUCCUUUUUUAGUGAGUCAAAUAGAGCAACUGUACUGCAUAAGGGAAGUGAAAUGUAUUUUCUGUAAAAAUACUGUGUCCAGGGGCACCUAGGUGGCUCUGUGGGUUAAAUGACCUACUCUUGAUUUUGUCUCAGGUCAUGGUCUCAUGGUUCAUGAGUCCAAGCCCCACAUCGGAGCCUGCUUGGAAUUCUGUCUGUCUCUUCCUCGUGUGCAUGGUCUCUCUCUAAAAUAAAUAAACUUUUUAAAAAAAUA